AUGGACGGGCGGCUUCUGGGUUACCGUCAGCUUUGUUACGUGCCUGUGAAGUCGGUCAAUGCAACUCCGGCCCUAUCAAUAAAAGCGCUGUACCGGAGGAGCGGCGCCACUUUGAAGGCAGAUUGCAUAAACAAACCGUUUGUUCAGAGGUGCCACGAUCUGGAGACAGUCAUUGAGGAGUUUCCCGCCAAGGAAUUACACGGCAUCUUCCCAUGGCUGGUGGAGAGCAUUUUUGGUAGCCUGGACGGCAUCAUUGUAGGCUGGAAUCUUCGCUGUUUGCAAGGAAGAACAAAUCCUACCGAAUAUUCUGUGGCUUUGGAUUUCCUAGAUCCCAGUGGCCCAAUGAUGAAGCUUGUUUACAAACUCCAAGCAGAAGAGUACAGAUACGAUUUCCCAGUCUCAUAUCUUCCAGGCCCCGUGAAGGCAUCAAUACAAGAGCAAGUCCUACCAGAAUGUUCUUUAUACCACAAUAAAGUCCAGUUUCCUUCACCUGGUAGUUUAGGUUUGAAUUUGGCUCUUAACCCAUUUGAAUAUUACAUGUUUUACUUUGCAAUUAGUUUGAUUACACAGAAGAACUCACCGGCCACUCAUCACAUCAGCCCUUCCAACAGUGCUUAUUUCAUCUUGGUGGAUACGUACCUGAAGUGUUUCCUACCCACAGAAGGAAGUGUCCUUCCUCUGCCUUCUUCAAAUCCUGGGGGAGCCAUCCCUUCCCCAACUCCCAGGUCUCCAGCAGUGCCUUUCACUUCCUACGGCAUGCAUCACACCAGCUUGCUCAAACGGCACAUAGCCCAUCAGCCUUCUGUGAACGCUGACCCCGCUUCCCAGGAGAUCUGGAGAUCAGAAACACUGCUUCAGAUCUUUGUUGAAAUGUGGCUUCAUCAUUAUUCACUGGAAAUGUAUCAGAAAAUGCAGUCCCCUCAUGUCAAGCUGGAGGUUCUCCACUACCGACUCAGUAUCUCCAGUAAACACCACGGUAGUCCUGCCCAAUCCAGCUACCAGGCCCUCCACGCAUACCAAGAGUCAUUUAAGCCCACUGAAGAGCAUGUGCUCGUGGUAAGACUGCUUGUGAAACAUCUGCACGCUUUCAGCAACAGCCUGAAACCAGAGCCUCUCUCCCCUUCAGCCCACUCCCACAGUGCCAGCCCACUCGAGGAGUUUAAAAGGGUUGUAAUUCCUCGGUUUGUCCAGGAGAAACUUUAUAUCUUUCUGCAACACUGUUUUGGCCACUGGCCUCUAGAUGCCUCUUUCAGAGCA